CUCGAUCUGAGCCGCUAACUGGAUCCCUAGGGUUAACCAGUCCGCUCUUAGCACUUUUGGAUCCGCGGUUCCGUCCACACUGUCAUUGUCUCAACCACCGACGUCAUCCCGUCUUGUCUACAAUACAGUUAUCUGGCUUCAGCAUCUCAGAUCUUGCUCUUCGUCCUUCCUCCCUCCACUUUACCUGCCUCACUUCCUCACCGCGGUUACUACCAGGGCUUGACAGCUAUCGUUAUCACUUUCACGCUCUACCUAAUCAGUCUAGCGAUCGAUCAGGAUGCCCAAACUCCCUGAUUACUACAAAGUAUUGGGCGUUGCCCCCACCGCCAGCCAGCGAGAGAUUCGCACUGCCUACAAGAGAGAAUCCUUGAAAUCACAUCCUGACAGAGUACCAGAAGGAUCACCUGAGAAGUCAGCGCGGACACGAAAAUUCCAGGAGGUCAACGAUGCGUACUAUACCCUUUCCGACGAUACCCGCCGACGAGAAUAUGAUGCGAGAAGAAACCUCGAACGAGAGAUGGAAGAUGAUGAUGGAGUACCCGGCGGAGAGGGCGGAUUCUGGUCAUCAUUUGGAUUCAGUUCAGCAGACCGUGAAGAGAGAUCGAACGAGCAGUUUGGAUCUGUGUUCGAGGAGAUGCUCCGGGAAGAGGGUAUGGAUGGGGCGGGUGCACAAGGAGCAGUGUCGCAUUUUUGGUCGAUUGUUGGGGGCGCCAGUGGUGCCGCUCUUGGAUUCAUUGUGGCGAAUGCCCCGGGGGCUAUAGCUGGUGCUGUUGCUGGAAACCGCCUAGGGGCUGUCCGAGAUGCUCGGGGAAAAAGUGUCUAUGAAGUUUUCUUGGAGCUGCCAGCGACCGACCGUGCACGGCUUCUGAGCCAACUGGCGGCUAAAGUCUUCCAGCAUACUAUGGGGCAGUGA